AUCUGCAGGUUGAGGAGUGAGGCUUAUAUAGGCCUUUUGUGUGUCCAGAUACUGCGAGAUGACUGCACACACCCCCUGAUUAAAACUACACGCACUGUACACACAAACAAAGCCUGCAUGCGAAACUGAAUGAGGGAUCCCUGUUCUAUAGAGCGUCAGUGUUUUGGUCAUUUCUUCAGCGAACAGAGGAGAGAUCGAGAGUGACUGUGUGCACUGUUGUAUGCAAAGGACGGUCAUGCAUCCAUAUGAGCUGAUAGAGGAGCUUGCAUUCGACGGGUGAAAGUAUUUGGGAAGGAAGUUACAAAUAGCGCGGUUCAUGUUCAUGGCCGGCCAGGCAUUCUACAUGGUGUAAAACACAGUUACUCUAUCUAGGCCCUCUGCAUAGGUAGUGCAGCUAUAGACGUACUCUGCACACCAAAGCCAAUCUGUACGGUAUAUGGAGGUGUAGGAUGAGAAAGUGAUCUACUGAUGUAGCUUGUACAGCCAUUGUGAAUUUUGUGGAUAUACCUAGUGAAGCUGAGUGCUUCUUUGUGGUGAAAUGAAGCUGUGAUUUUUUCCUUCCUGUGUUUGCUGUAGGCCCUAUUAAUUGGAAACUUCCCUACAACAACAUGGAGGAGAUUAGUCAAACCAACGUUGAAUUGGCUUACUCGUUAGUAGACUCAUCAAGGGUUUCUACAUUCCUCAUAUCAAUACUACUCAUUGUCUAUGGAAGUUUCAGAUCUCUAAAUAUGGACCAAGAAGAGAAAGAUAGAUUACAGAAAGAAGAGAAGGAUAACACAUUAACGGGGCAGCCCCCAGGCAAUCCACAGCAAGCUGAAAAUGUUCACAGUAUAGAUGCAACUCAAGCGAUGUUCCUACCUAUAGGGGCUUCUUUCUCUCUCCUUGUUAUGUUCUUCUUCUUUGACUCAAUGCAGAUGGUCUUUGCAGUCUGUACGGCAGUACUAGCUACAGUAGCUUUUGCUUUUCUUCUGCUGCCAAUGUGUCAGUAUUUAUUGAGGCCCUGCUCUUCAGGAACAAAAAUUUCAUUUGGGUGCUGCGGGAGAUUUACUUCAGCGGAAAUCAUGUCAUUCUGUCUCUCUGUAAUGCUUGUAUUCCUGUGGGUAAUGACAGGUCAUUGGUUACUAAUGGAUGCUCUUGCAAUGGGUCUAUGUGUUACUAUGAUAGCUUUUGUUCGUUUGCCGAGUCUCAAAGUCUCAACAUUACUCCUGACCGGACUGCUCAUCUAUGAUGUGUUUUGGGUCUUCUUCUCUACAUAUAUAUUUAAUGCUAACGUCAUGGUCAAGGUAGCAACCAGGCCUGCAGAUAAUCCUGUUGGUAUCAUGGCUAAAAAAUUCAAUAUUCCUGGAGUUGCUCGUGAUGCACCUCAGCUCUCUCUCCCUGGGAAACUCAUAUUCCCAAGUAUGCACAACUCGGGUCACUUCUCCAUGCUUGGUCUUGGUGAUAUUGUAAUGCCUGGUCUUCUACUCUGUUUCGUCAUGCGUUAUGAUAAUUACAAAAGGCAACAGACUGAUACCGUUGCACCUGCUCCUAUCUUACCACCAAACGGCAUCACUCAAAAACUUACAUACUUUCAUUGUUCUCUCAUCGGUUACUUUGUAGGAUUAUUAACAGCAACGAUAUCAUCGGAGGUCUACAAGAACGCCCAGCCAGCAUUGUUAUAUCUUGUUCCAUUCACGCUACUCCCAUUGCUUAUAAUGGCUUAUCUUAAGGGUGAUCUUCGUCGCAUGUGGCAUGAGCCAUUUAUCAAGAGCACACAGAACAAGUACAUGGAGGUAUGACAGGAGAGCAACAAACUGCACGUUGUGUGAAAUGAACUCAGAUCGGAAAUGAAAGAAACUACGCGCAUGGAAAGUGAAUACGAUUGAUGGGAGAUUCCAUCUUGGAUUCAGAAGAAAUGUUUGCUGGAGUAAAGUGAAAUGUUGAUAUGAACAGAGCGUGAAGAUAGAUGCACUUGUCAAUGUUGCUGGUCAUCGCUAGUCCUUGAUCAAGAAUGUAUCUCUGUAUAUUAGUAUGAUCAGAGAUCGGACGAUGAUGCCAUAUCUAAAUAUUCUUUAGUUUCACGUUUACAAGAACCAUCGCUUCGCUUCUUGCUUUUGUCUCAAAAACUUGACUCAGUAGCCACACUUCAGGGAAUGUCUGGAUCUGUUGCAAUUGGUUGGAUGUAGUUUUAGAGUCUUCUGGCCGAGAAAUAUUGAAAAAGGGCAGGGAAAAUGAUAGUGGUCGGUUUGAAUGCUUCAAGUGAGAAAAACAUUACAAUUGAAUGUUUGCGGACAGUGAGAAACAUUGUUUUUAAUGUUUGAUGUAGAUGCUGUGACGGGUACGACCAUGGUUUGCUUAACUGAAAUAAUAUGAAUUUAAUAGAAUGCGUUUGAAAAGAUUUUAUGAAAGAGUGAUGGAUCAUUGUUGGGAAGAGGAUCAUGGGAAGGAGAAUCAUGACUAGCCGCCACCAGUGAUGUCAUCAUCUAUCAGUGUAUAUGCAAGAUAACGUAGAAUGAUUUUGAUUGGUGUAUGCUAAGCUUUGAUUAGCUCAUGGUAUUGGUAAAAACUUUAAUUGGGUGCCUGUGUAUUCAACGGUCAAACUAUGUUACAUUGGUAGAGAGGUUUAUGGGCAGUUAGCGAGAAUACUAAUCAUACCAGAUUAUAAAUACAAAGAGCUUUUGAAAUAUAUGUAUGAAAUUAUGUUGGUGUUUCUUAUGUGAGCACCGUAUGAUGUAUAAUCAUUGUGGCAUAUAAAAGUUACUGUAUGACAAUCUGGUAGCCUCAGCUUCAGUAACAGUAUCCUGAAUUCAUAAAUGAGGUUCAAAUCCUGGAAAGUAUCAAUUUAUGUAAGUGUACUAAAAUAAGUGUUAAUAAGAGCAUUAUGCUCAUAUGUGUGUGCUGAAAUCAAGCCGAUAAUUGGACCAUAACAUGUUAAUGAGUGCUCUUAGAAAAGACUAAGUAUUAUUUGAAUUAACAUCAUUUUAAUCUUAUUUAUGAAUUCAAGCUCUCGAUCAUGGAUGUCACUUUAUGUAAAAUGAUUUUGUAAAAGUUUGAUCGAACUGUUUUCAAAUUCUGUCAUCCUUAAUUUACUUUUCAUUCUCUGAUUACGAGAAAUUUCAAUUUCUCUUUCUUUUUUUCGAUAAAAAUAAAAAGUUGAAUUAUUACCAAAUGAUCAAGCUACAGUUUGAUUGACAAAGGUAGUGAGACAAAAGUAAUAUUGACUUUCUCACCCUUAUCAUGACAUCAUAGCAUAAAAUCUAUUGGUUAGAAUAGGUUUGAUUGAUAGAUGGAAUGCAUUAGUGUAUCGGCAAUCAAAAUCAAGCUUUACAUAUUUUCUUCCUAUACUAUUGUUCCUUUCAAAUUCCAAUUACCAACUCAUGAUUGUGCUUAUGUGUGUUUGUCAAUUGUGGUUAUGUAAUUAACUGGUGAAUGUCCAAAGGUAGUAGAAUUAGCUUAGAAAAGAUUACAAAGUCUCUUAACCCACUAUCUUCGCAUCAUUGAUUAAUUCCAAAGAAUCAAUCAUUACUGUCAUAAAAAUCUGAACAUGAGUACUUUCUUCUUACAUGUAGGUACCUUUAUGCUAUGGAAAAAAAACAAUGAUCGGUUUAACCUUAGAUUCUAUAUCUGCUUCCAAUUGAAAGAAGCAUUAUAAAAUUGUAACGAUGGUUUGAAAUCAACUGAUUCAUUGGUUAGGCUUUUGAAAAGAAGUAAAACAGUGUUGAUCGGU